CAACGAAUCAAGAUAUAUUUUCUUCGUUUCCUGUAGAACAAAAAAUAUAAGAUGAAUAAGCCGUAGAUGAGAGCAAGAUAAAAAGUCCCCUUUAUAGUCGGUAGGUGUUUGGUGACCGCGGUAAGUGGGGAAGGAAAGAAAAAGAGACGUUCCUAUCUCAGCAUCGAAUAAACAAGAAAUAUGAUAAGCAUGCAUUGCAAAGAAGUGUUAAGAUUCUCUCUUUAAUCGAAGAUUAUUCUUGAAAAUAAUGAAGACAUUCAAACGAUUUUAAAAAACCAGUGAUCAGCGAUCAAAGAACAGAACGGUUUCGAUCGCCCUUUACCGAAAAUAGUUCAUCAGUUACGUGACAUGCAUCACGAUGGAUACCUCGUACCUAACAGUUGUUAUUUUACUGUCGAUGACGAUCAUAGCUUGGGCAGAAAUUGAUUGCAAUGAUCCUAACUGGCACAAUCUUGAGACUAAUGAAAGUUCGAUACAUAAUUGCGGAGAUGCUUUUAAAAAUCGUUGUCAUUGUUUAAGGACAUGUUACAACGGUCAUCACCAAUAUGUCGUGAAUUGUACGAAUUCAGAAUUUUACGAUACCACGCCACUGGAACAUCUUCCUAAUGCGACUCAGGUAUUAAUAUUUACGGGUAACAAUCUCAAAGAAUUACCAUGGAACAUAUUCGGCACGUUGGACAGAUUGCCAUAUUUACGAGUAAUCGAUAUGUCUAAUAAUAAAAUUCGGGAAAUUCGUGGAAAAGCUUAUCAUCAUGUUAAACAAGUGGAACGUCUUAUUCUUGAUUUUAACGAGCUUUCACUCGACCCGGGUAGAAGUCAUCCUAGAGUAUUCUCCAACUUCGUAUCUCUUUUAGAGUUGCAUUUAACAGACGCUUUCGAGGAUGGUCAACCAAGAGAUCUAGCGGCCACUCUUCAUGAUAUAUUCGUUAAUAGAUCUUAUCUCAUCAGCAAUCUCACUCAACUCAUGAAAUUGCAUUUGGAGCAAAAUGAGAUAUCAGAGUUCAGAGAUGCAAACGUUUUCUGUGAUCUACCGAAUCUUUUGGAUUUACAUUUAGGGGACAAUGCUUUGACAGGACUGCAUUUCAAUCUGUCCUGCCUUCAUAAGUUACGUUUUUUGGAUCUUCAACGGAAUAAAUUUACGACCAUCUUAGAUUAUGAUAUUCGUGUUAUGGAAUCGCUCGUUAAACAGAAUCAGUCAUUCACUGUGGAUUUCUCAAAAAAUCCAUUUGUGUGUUCCUGUAAACUUAAUCCCUUUAUUAAAUGGAUGAACAAGACCAAAGCUUUCAUAAGAAAUAAGAGCAGCUUACAAUGUUUAGAAGAUGGAAUGCCACAGAAAAUUCAUGAAACUGCUAAUUGUUCUCUAAGAUUAAGAAUGUCUAAAAAAGGAACUACAGUGGCACUUUAUUUUUUAUCAUUUCUGCUCAUUGUUUUAGUAUGUGCUCUCAUUUAUCUACAACGUAUAAAACUCCAGAAAAAAUUUGAGCCAAUUUUAAAUUCUGUUAAUAAAAGAGUUCGAUAUACUACUAUAGCUACUGGAGAAACCCGUGAGGAUGUAUAAGAAACCCGUAAGGAUAUAUAGUAAAUUGAAGAUUUACUAUAAGUUUCUUAUUCUAAAUAAUUACCAAUAACUUAAUGAACAUUUAUUAUUAUAAUUAUUAAAAAAUAGUGAAAUAAAUUGUUGUCUUUGUUUAAAACA